AUGGACGUUGAUAUAAAACAAGGGCGUCUCAGGCCAGUCCGCAGAAAUGGAUUGAUUAAUGGAGUCAACCCUUACCAAUCACUUAGUUGGAUAUACACUCUAUAUGAUAUAAUUGUGGCAAAUUUUUUUGCCUUUGAAUUUGAAGAAACAGGAAUGAAGGAACUCCAAUUAAUACUUCUCACAGCAAUAGCUACUUGCAUUAUUUAUUCAUGUCUCAGAGCCACAUUAAUAGAUCCUACUGAUUCUCUAGUAAAGGAAGAAAAAUUAUCAAAACUACAAGGAAAAGAAUUUAAGACUGACAUUAAAUCAUAUUGUUUGGUAUGCUAAGCACAUGUUCAAGAGAAAACGAAACACUGUUGGAGUUGCAAUAAAUGCGUAUCAAAAUUCGAUCAUCAUUGUAUUUGGUUGAAUAAUUGUAUUGGAGAUAAGAAUUAUUCCUACUUCUUUGUCUUAGUAUUGUCAUUAGUUGCACUCAAGAUAUUUAGAAUUGGUUAAGAUAUCAAAUUACUUGUUCUGCAUACCAAUUUUGAGGUGUUUGUGUAUAUUUGUAUAGCAGUAGACCCACCAGUAUUUAUUGUGUUGGCAUACUUAUUAAUUAUGCACUUAUACUUCAAAUGGAAUAAUAUAUCUACGUAUGAAUAUAUCAAAGCCAAAAAAGAAUCUAAGGAUAAGGUGAUGAAAACAUAGAAUGUAUAAAAUAAAUAGAUACAAAAUGAGAGUAGUACUGGUUAUGGAUAAUUAUUAUCAACAUCAAAGCGUUUCGAUUUAAAAUCACAAUUAUCUUUAAAGACUGGAGAUACAAAGAAAUCUAAUCCAAAUUAUUUCUCUAAUAAAUAAGAAGAUGGUAAGAAAAACAAUUAAUAGACUUAGCAAUAAUUUACAUAAAUUCCUAGUUUAUUCACUUCUAAACCUACUACUCCUGGAAAUGAUUAAGAUAAAAAACAAUAGAUUAAAUAAUUGUCAAAACCAAAAGAUUUGGAUGACUUGAAAGACAAAUAGAUAUAUAAUCAAGUGAUAGUUGAAGAUUCAGAACCUUAGUUAAAUGAAAGUUCUGAUGAAGAUGAUAUUGAUAAUGAAAAUCAGAAUCACUGUCCUCAAAAUAGUCAUGUAUUAGGAUUACCUUAUAAUGUCGAAUAAGUAGUUGCCAAAGAAGACUAAAUAAAUGAAAAAGAUAUGGCGAUCAAAUAGGAGAUAGAAAUUGAACUAGAUAAAGAAUCUGAAAAUUAAGAUAAAAUAUCGGAUAAGUAAUCUCUACACGCAUAGGAACCUCCUCUACCAUCAAAAUGGCACGCAUUUUAGUUAGGAUUAUAAGGAGAUCCAAAUAAUGUGACAUCGCCCAAAAAUCAAAAGAUAUAAUGUACUCAAUGA